AUGAAUGAUACUUCGCAAUGGCCUGCUAUACGACGGUCGCAGCCUACUACACAACAACCUCUUACAAUGAUACAACAAUCUAUGCAACUGGCACAAAAUAUACAACAGCCUACUAUACAACAACCUCUUACAAUGAUACAACAACCUAUGCAACUGGCACAAAAUAUACAGCAGCUACCAUACUCAAUGCGAACAUGUAUACAACUGCCUUAUAAUAUGCCAACACAUAACGACUUUACAGUGAAUUUCGGAAUACAAUCAAAUAUUAUACAGCAAAAUGAUGUAAGACCAGAAUACAUACAACAAAAUGCAACUCCAGCAAGACUCUAUGACGAUACUGGGAAAUCUAGUUCAUCAAUAAAAAUAU